UGAGAAAUCGAUCUCCAGGAUUAGGGUUUUACUCGGCGGCUCCUUCUUCCUCCUCCAAGCUCUCAAACCCUAGCCGCAGUUGAACAACUUCUCUCCGUCGCCAUGGGGAAGACACGUGGAAUGGGAGCUGGUCGCAAGUUGAAGUCCCACCGUAGAAGGCAAAGGUGGGCUGACAAGGCAUACAAGAAGUCUAACCUUGGAAAUGAAUGGAAGAAGCCAUUUGCUGGGUCUUCUCAUGCAAAAGGCAUUGUUCUUGAGAAGAUUGGUAUUGAGGCUAAGCAGCCAAACUCUGCUAUCAGAAAGUGUGCCAGAGUUCAACUAAUCAAGAAUGGCAAGAAGAUUGCUGCAUUUGUCCCAAACGAUGGUUGCUUGAACUACAUCGAGGAGAAUGAUGAGGUGUUGAUUGCUGGAUUUGGACGGAAGGGGCAUGCCGUUGGAGAUAUUCCUGGUGUUAGGUUCAAAGUUGUGAAGGUCUCUGGUGUCUCCCUUCUGGCUCUCUUCAAAGAGAAAAAAGAGAAGCCAAGGUCUUAGUUUUCUUCAGGGAGUUCAUCCUCACCUACAGUCUUUUGAUACCCUUACCUAAGAAUUCGGAAUGGUUAUUUUUAUUGUUGAGUGGAUUUUGUGAACCAUCUUUGAUCUAUUUUCUAGUUAAUUGUUAUGAAACUUGGCAGUGUUACUUGUGAUCUUAGACAAACAAUUCUUAUUUGUCAUUUUUCCUUAAUCCCACUUUUAUGUACCCUGUUGAAAUUA